AUGAAUCAGGAUCCGCAUACGGNNNNCACAGACGGGGAGUAUCCUAUGCGCGUUGCUUUCGCGUUCAUCAGUGAGUUGAUGCGAGGGUUCGAGACGAAGCAUCCAGUAGUCGAGUGGACGAAUGUUAGGAAAGAUACCAAAAUUGACUAUCCUGAGGGUGAUGAACUUAUGGAGAAGUUCCAGGAUCCAAGCCAGGCUGAUAAGAUCGCCCAGAUUCAGAAGGAGCUGGACGAUGUUAAGGGCGUCGUCAUCAAGAGCAUGGACGACGUAUUGCGAAGGGGAGAGACUUUGGACAGUCUGAUGCAGAAGUCUAAUGACCUCAGCAACACCUCAUACCAGUUCUACCGUACUGCGAAGAAGAACAAUCAGUGCUGCAAAUAUUACUAA